AGCAGAGAGCUGCAGUGGCUGGAUGUUCACUUGGAGCUCAUUCCACACACUCGGCUUCAGGGGAGGCAGGCUAUCGGCUCUGGAUGUGGUUGAUGCUGCUGUGCUGUACCUGGAGGGACGAUCGGAUGGGAGAUGAGGAGGGAGGAUGUUUGCCAUGCUGUGCAGGAUGUGGGCGCUCCAUCUAUGAUGGUCAGUAUCUCCAGGCUCUUAAUACAGACUGGCACAAUGCCUGCUUUAGAUGCUGUGAGUGUAACGUCUCACUCUCUCACUGGUAUUAUGAGAAGGAAGGCCGGCUGUACUGUAAGAAGGAUUACUGGGCCCGAUUUGGGGAGCUGUGCCAUGGCUGCUGUGAGCGUAUCACCAAAGGGUUGAUCAUGGUGGCUGGAGAACACAAGUACCAUCCCGAAUGCUUUGUAUGCCUGAAGUGUGGUGUAUUUAUUGGAGAUGGAGACACGUAUGCAUUGGUAGAACGCUCCAAACUCUACUGUGGUUGCUGCUAUUACCAGACGGUAGUUACGCCUGUAAUUGAACAAAUCCUCCCAGACUCUCCCUGCCCUCCGAUCCCACACACUGUGACACUGGUUUCAAUCCCAGCCUCCACGGAGGGAAAGCGAGGCUUCUCUGUGUCUAUCGAUCAGCCCUGCAGUCCCAGAAGUUCCUCUUCAGAGUAUGUGCACACCGUACGGGUCAAAGAAGUUGAUGCUGGCUGCAUCAGUCCAGACGUGAAAAACUCCAUUCACGUUGGUGAUAGGAUCCUGGAAAUCAAUGGAACACCAAUCAGGAACGUGCCUCUGGAUGAGAUUGACCUCCUGAUUCAAGAAACCAGUCGCUUGCUCCAGUUAACUAUUGAACAUGAUCCACAUGACACUCUACUGGAGGACCAAGCAGAGACCAGCAGCCCGAUGUCCGAUAUUUACAGCCCACGGAAGUUAAGUGCCCCUAAUGGAGAAGGUAGUGCGGUCAAAAAACGCCCUAUCAUGAGAAGUUGCAGUAUUGACAAGUCGCCGAGCACCGGAUCACCAGCCUCUCAAAAGAAAGAUUUGGGCCGUUCAGAGUCUCUGCGGAUUGCCUCCAAAAUGCAUCGUAUCUUCCGCCCUUCUGACCUGAUCCAUGGCGAAGUGCUGGGAAAAGGCUAUUUUGGGCAAGCUAUUAAGGUGACACACAGAGAGACCGGGGAGGUCAUGGCAAUGAAGGAACUGAUCCGCUUUGACGAUGAAACACAAAGGACUUUUCUGAAAGAGGUGAAGGUGAUGCGCUGUCUUGACCAUCCGAAUGUUCUAAAGUUCAUUGGUGUCCUUUAUAAAGAUAAGAGGCUGAACUUCAUUACAGAGUACAUCAAAGGAGGGACACUGAGAAGCAUCAUCAAAGACUUAGACCGUCCAUUACCAUGGAACCAUCGUGUCAGCUUUGCUCGGGACAUUGCAGAGGGGAUGUCUUACCUGCAUUCCAUGAACAUUAUCCAUCGGGAUUUGAACUCCCACAACUGCCUUGUGCGUGAGAAUAACACCGUAGUAGUUGCUGAUUUUGGACUGUCUAGACUAAUGGUCGAUGAUAAAAAGCAGACAGACAAUCAGUCACCGGGAAACCUAUCCACCAUGAGAAAGCCAGACAGAAAGAAGCGUUACACUGUGGUGGGAAAUCCUUACUGGAUGGCUCCAGAGAUGAUAAAUGGGAAAAGCUACGAUGAGAAAGUUGACAUCUUUUCAUUUGGGAUUAUGCUGUGUGAGCUGAUUGGUAGAGUAAAUGCAGACCCAGAUUACCUGCCCAGGACAACAGAUUUUGGAUUGAAUGUCCCUGUUUUCUUGGAUCGAUACUGUCCUGAGGAAUGUCCAGCUGCCUUUUUCCCAAUUGCCGUUAUGUGCUGUGACUUGGAUCCAGAAAAGAGACCAUCCUUUAUGAAGCUGGAACAGUGGUUAUUAGUUCUGAAACUGCAUGUGGAGAUGCAUCUUGCUCUCACCUCUGACCUGGAACAGAUCAAUCAUUCCUUCUUCCAGAACCAUUCAAGAAGCAAAGAGAAGCUUCUGGAAGCCAUGUGAGCUGGUCCAGCUGAACCAUUACAGUGUAGUCUACAAGCAUGCUGAUGUUCAGCUAACCACCUUCACGUAAUCUCCCAUUUCAUCAGCGUUCUGGGCACAAUCAAACCUGCCAGUACUCCACUGUACUGUUCAUAAUCCUGCGGAUAGACCCUUCUGCUUUAACAUUUCACUGGACAAGACUCAACUCAUGUAAAUAGCUGGUCACCUCCAGUUGGAUACAGGAAGGACAUGACAGUUUAUUGGGUAUUGGUGUAAGUGGUUAUGUCCACAAUGAUGCUCUUCUUAACUCAGUGCCCAUGCACCUUACAUGUGGUUUGUAGAUAACUAAAUGCCUGCAGUUAGUGGCAGGUAGGGUUCCUGCUCAAAGUCUGGAUACAGACGAACCUUGCUUUGGUAAUGUAUGAAGGGCAUUUGAUUAGUGCUGUCCAGCUCCAAAUAGGCUGCACCCUCAGUAGAAAAUGCCUCCAACUUAGCAAUGUCACUAGUACUGGCAGCACAGAGUGGUUGUAUGAUUUUAGAAAGUUUUUUUUAUCUUUUUCAGUUGUUUGAGGUCGGGAGAAUGGAGCAAUUUUAGCCUACACCUGGCAAAUUCUGCAUCUGAGUUGAAUGUGUGUGGUAGACAGCAUGAACCGAAAUGAUAACUUUACAUUCCAAGCACUAAUGUCCCUUUUCUCAGUGAGCACAAAAGUAAAAACUGGUUUUAUGUAUCCAGUAGGAAAAGACAAAUUAUUUUAUGUAGUUCAUUCCAAUUUGGAUACUUCGGUGACAUGAGAAAUCACAGUUGCACCCCAUCAUGUUGACAAGCUCCUUGAUCUGAGGGGAAGGUUCAGGGCUGGGGUCUCGCAUUAAUUCAUUUUAUCAGGGUUUAUAGAUGUGUGGCAUGAAUUGAAGUGCUGCUCAUUUCUUUUAAUGGAAUGAGAAAUCGGUUAUUGGAUUAAAAAAAUUUCAAAAUGACGCCACUAUAAUUUCAGGAGCUGCCAACAUGGAUUACUGUAUUUGAAUCAAACAUUGUUUCUACUUCUUGAGAACUUGCUCAGAUUGAGUCUCUUUUAGUCUGUCCAUUUGUUUACUGUUCAGCAUCUCUGGCCUCAACCAAAACGCCUUUACUUUUUUUUAACAGAAAUAUAAGGCCCCAUUAUCUGAUAUGCAAGCGCAUGUGCAAGAACUAUAUUUGAACUAUGCAUUUAUUUGGUGGCUCUCCAAUUAUUUUCAGGAGAGGUCUGUAGUAGCCCCCUUUCCUUUUCCUCAUCAAUCUGUAGCACACACUUAAUUAUUUAUUGGUGUUGCACAUUAAUGUUGCUCCAUGCAUGUUUCCUGAUUUGGACAUUCCAGUUCCAGUCCUUUUUUUAUUAGUGUGGAACAUUCUUGACAAUCUUAGUGAUGAAUUGUAAGAUUUCCAAGAUCUGCAUUUUGAGUUGAUGGCGAGUUAACAAUUGUUUUAAUCUUCUGGUUUUAUUCUGAAACCCUCAUCCCUUCUCUUCCCCUAUCUCUCACCUGAGGUGACUAUGUUGACCCCCCUUCCCCCAUCCCCCCACUCAUUUUGCCUUUUCUCUUUGAAGCACCUCAACACCACCUAACAGGAUAACCCUUGUAAAUAUUGUGAAGUCAGAUUCAAAUAGACAUAAUAUAUAGAACCAAAUCAAUUCUUAAUAUCCAACAUGCAAUCACUGCUUUUCCUCAGGUCCCUAGAUUUGGGUAUUAAUCCUUCAAAAACAGGGAUGUAACAACUAAACUUCCAGUCCAUUAUGUUUCUUGGCAAACUUUCAUCUGCUUCUUGCUCAUUGUGUUAUUGUGAACUCUAAUUGGAUGUGGACCUGAAUCUCUGCAGAGCCAAAUGCACAAACCUCAGACACAGAGGACUUUAGUAUAAUCAUUGGGAAAUUCUUUGGGACCCUUCCACAACUGAAAACACUGGCUGCUUGGCCAGGCCUUGCUUUUCUGCUCAAGCCUACUUGGGACAGGACCACCAUCUGCAGCAAAUUUGGUUUAUGACGGCAAUGGGAUUGGUAUGAGGCAUUUUGAUGGCUGCAACCACAUAAUCUGUAAACUAGGAUGAACUCCAUGGUGAAGUAAAUAGUUUCUACCUCCAGUUUAAAUCUGGUUUCAGGCCUAAAGGCCCUGCAGAAGAAUGUAUGAUAUCCUUCAAAUAUUUCCACAGGUGGUAACCCUCACUGCAACACCAGUGGUUGCCUAGUAUCAUCACAUGCAUGCACUUAACAUUUCUCUUGUUUUAAUUCCUCCUUGUUAAUAUUUCUGUUCUGUCAUUUGCUUAUUUGUCUUGUCAGACUCUUAAAUACUUUUUAUUUCACUUCUCUACAUCACAUUUACAUCUGCAUUAUUGCAGAUUGCAUUUAUUUGAACUUUCAGGCCAACUGGUUUUCUGCUUUUUCCCUCCCUCCCUCUUCUCUUCUGUUUGUAUCCUGGUGUCUACUUUACAUUAGUGAACAAAGAACACUCACUGUUACUGGUUGGUGCCAAGUGCACUCACUAGUCACUUUGGGCACAAGUCUGGAAGUUGAAUUUCAAGAUCUCAGUAAUGUAAUGUCCGAUGCUCUUCCACCUUUUGGAACUUGGGUGUUCGCCAAAUCCAAGGCUGAGGAGUUGAGCAUUUUGUUUGCAGAAACUUUCAUUGCAACUAAACUCUGAUUCUGACUGCUCAAAACUGACCCGAGUAAUGAUUCCACUCUGACUCGUAUGUGAAUUGGGAAAAAUGGUGUAAAAAUUCAACUGAGCAAGACUGUUCUCUGCAGAGAUUGGAAUGAGACACAUGGUGGGAGAUGUAUGUGGGGAUCUUUACUUUGCAUCUGGUCUAUGUUGUACCUGACAUGGUUGAUAAUGGACUACUGCUGGGGAGUGGAGGGGGAGAGGCUGUAAGCUUUACUUUGCAUCAAGACUAUCCUGUACCUGACACUUAAGCUGACAUUUGGUUGCCAGUCUUCCAUUCCAAGCACUAAUAGCCCUUGUCCAUUCCACAUUACGUUGAAGAUUCAGUGAGAUUGAGUGAGUCUGACUCAGAAUUCUAGUUUGUUUUUGAUUCUUCAGCUAACUAAAUGAUUGCAGCAUUGACUUUUCCAUCUACUUUGUAUACCAUUAGCUGAGGACCUAAGUGUUAGUCAACUCUAGGCCACUCAUCAGUAGGAAAUGUUGGAACCUGUCUUUUAUAUCAGACAGGAACUGCUGAAUAUUAGGUUCUGUAAUGUUAAGAUUAAUGAGCAGUUUAAUUGUUAGUCUUUUAUUUCUGCUCCUCCAGAACCCAACAGAGCAAAGAAUUUUGAAUAUGACCAUCCAAAUCGCAUCACAUAUAUAAGGUUACUUCCUAAACAUAAGACAGACUUUCAGAUGCCGAUGGACUUAGUCACAUCACUGCUGAGUGGCACUGUCUGUUGACUUCAGAAAGAUUUGCAGCUUGCAUAAAUUUAAAAGUGAUUAGGGCUCAAGCCAUAACCAUAUUUACUAUGUAGAUUGUACUGGAGAGUUGCCACUCUAGUUUUACAAGGCAAGAAAAUAUUGACAUCUCUUGUCUGUAGGCUGACCUGUGAUCUGUCAGCUGGUGUUUAGAAAAUUAGCAUUGCAUAUUCCAUGCACUGCUGACUUAAUGAAGAUCUGUUACAUCAAUAACUAACUUAUUUGAAAUUUUCAAGUAUCUCAGGAUUCACGUCAUUAAAUAUUUCACAGUUCAGUGACAUGGGUGUACUGUGAGAAAGCUCUGGAACCUUUCAGUAUAGCAUCAGCUGCUUCACAAAUGUGGGGGCUCCUGUGAGGAAAACAUUUAUAACUGUUCCUCUGAUGCUUGGCCUUAAACAUUUUGCACUUAGCAACAGCCCUUGUAAUCAGGUGGCUGAUUCUAAUUAUCAUUAUUGUAGCCAUGCAUCUGUCUGAGUGAAGUUUGAAGACAAAUGUUGCGAUAUAUACUGUGUAGAUGGUAAUAUCCAAAUCAACUGCUCUAAAAAUAUUCGCUAGUUUACAAAUGUAGGUGAAAAACUGAAAUUGUUAACUUUGUACAUUAACAGUAAGGAACAGUGGGUUUUUGUUCUGACAUUCUGAUUUAAAUAUUUUAAUUUUAAUGGAGGCAGAGUUGCGAUCAUUAAGAUAAAUACAGUAUGGGUAUGGAUAAUGAACCAUUUUGGACCAGUUUCAUUUACUAGAUCUAUGCCUCAUUACCUAGUCCAAUGGAACUAAGCCAAUGCAUCAGUUUAGAAUAUUUCUUUUUGAAAGUCUUGUGAUCAUCAGUUGAAAACAGAGUCAAGAUUGGCUAUGUCCAUCAAAUAAUUUGGCAGCAGUAUCUACCUGGAUUAGCAGACACUUGAGUGAACUAAAAGUUUGCCUGCCUCUGAGAAUCUGCAGCCCAGAAUGUCCUCAAUGGGGAAUGUUGGGGCAGGGGCAACUCAAAAGCAUUACAGCUUACAAAUGUACGUAAAUUCAGCAUCCAUUGGAUUACACAGUGUAAUAGAGAACACUACAAUCUCAAAUCCUGUGCAGUUUAGUCCAAGCCCACUUGACCUUUUGUGAGCAGUUGAGUAAAUAGCACUCCAUAAUGCAAACUUAGAGUCUCCAGAGUUUUCCAGUCAACUCCCAUGGUUAGAAUGUAGUAUUAACUUUGAACGCAAACUGGAUAUUAUGGAUCAAAGUUAGUGAAAAGGGGCUAAAAAUGAAGGGCAAUCUUCAGUUACUUCAGAAACUAGUAUACUUGAAUAUUGUACUUAUUUAAAUUACUGAAAAAUUAUUGUAAAAGUGGACAAACGUCUGGCACAGUCUACCACACAGACCAGGGGGUCAGUCCCUGAUUUGUACUGAAUCACUGGUUGGAAAUUGAUUGGCGUCAGUGCGUCUGGCUUGAAAAUGGUGAAGAAUUUGAACAGGACUCCUGCUCCUGAGUUCCAUUCGGCAUUUCCUGCUGCAAGGAGCUUAUGUUUGGAACAAGUUUGAACUCCAUUUCAGUGUCUUCCGUGAUUUAAGUAGCCUGUUGGCAUUCAUUGCCUGCAUAUGUCUGAGGAAUGACAGCCUGGACUUUUGGCAGAUGUUGGUGCCUUCAGUAGUCAAGGUGCAAACUUCAUUAACAGUAGAGGAAUGCUUUCUGCUAUUUGGUGCCAAUUUUGCCUUUAAACUUCAUGCAAUAAUAUUGUUCAGUGCUGUGCUCAAAGGCACAACUUAAUAAUACAAUAAUUAUGUGCAACGUUUAUUCAUUGUAAACUUGAGUGACACCAAAGCCUCUGCUGUCAGAGUGUACAGGAAUAGGUGUGGCACUGAGAAACCUGCAGUGCAAGCUGAAGAAACUCACCCCACUAAUCUGUGCCUUGUUUAGCCAGAGCUGUCAAGGACCAGUGGUUGGUUUAUGUUGUUUACGUCAAAACUUGCAUUUUCUAUCAUUAAUUUAUUGUUUCUGUGGAUUCAGUCAUUUCAUUCCAGUGUUUAAUUCCUAGUGUUUUAUUUUGAAACUGUGAACAUAGUGCACUUUACACGCACAGGAGGGUGACUAUGACAGCAAAUCUGUGAAGUAUUGUAACAGGAAAAUUGAAUAAAACCAGCUUCAUCUCAAUGA